AUGUGGCGUCCUUUGAGAAAGCUUCAAGAACUCUCAGAUGAAUUCAAGAAAAAAAUACUUUACGAUCAUCCAUCUAUUCCUUGCGCCUAUUGUUCUAUGCUGAUGAUGAGAGCUGCAGUUAAAUGGAUUGAUUACGAUCCUGACGAAACUUAUGAUAUAAUGAUAGUGUUUCCAGACCUCCAAUUACCUUUAUGUGUAAACAACAGGGGCCAAACCAAGAUCGCU